ACACCCACCCACACCCACACCCACACCCACACCCACCCCCACGCACAGCCACACCAACCCACACCCACACCCUCAUAUGAUAUACCUGAAUAUGCUGGUAAGUAAGAUAAUUUACAUGGAAUAAUAUUUCGACACUAAUAUCUUUUAUUUGUAUAGAUAUCAAUCAAUUAACUUCAUAUGUAACACCAAAUAAUAUUCUUGCCAUCGAAGUACCUAUUCGUAAUCAAGAAGCCGAACAUCGCCUUACUGAAGACAAGAAAGAAGAUCAAUGUUUAGCACAAUUCGGUCAUUAUUGUGAUCCAUUCUUUGAGUAUAUUGGUUUCUUAAGCGGUUUGGAUUUUCAACCACAUAUCGUUGAUGAAGGCAAUAAUCAAAAGCAAUUAGAAAUGUCUAUUGGAGUGAAACAUUAUACACCCCAAAAAGUAAAAGUUUCGAUGAAAAACAAUGAAUUAAUUGUUCAAGGUGAACAUUAA